AUGAUGAAAAUCAGGGAUCAAGGGCGCUCAUCCCCGUGCAAGUACUUUGAUGCUGUCGCUGCCUGUUCCUUAAGGCUCCGCUAUAAAACCCCGGGCCGGCAUGAUAGCCACAGUCCCCGCGGCAUCUUCGGCGCGCGACCCUCCCCUGGGUGGCUUCUUUGCACCAUGCAGCAGCUGCUGCUUGCGCUCCUGGCCCUCAGCGCGGUCCGACCGCUGGUCGGCCAAGAUGAAGGAAGCGAAGAGUUACACUGGUGCUACACGAUUCAAGCUGAUUACAGUUCCUGCUUGGGCCCAGAUGAAUGGGAGGGAUUCUGCCAGGAGAGCCACCAGUCCCCCAUCAACAUUGUCACCGCCAAGGCAGAGUUGGACCACAAUUUGAAACCAUUCGAAUUCCAUGGUUACGACCAGAAGAAUGCAUGGCCGGUGACAAACAACGGGCACUCUGUGAUGGUGUCACUGGAAGGACAGCCCUUCAUUGAAGGAGGAGGACUGGAUGCCAGGUACCAAGCCACGCAGCUGCACCUGCACUGGUCCUCGGGGAAUGAUGGCGGCUCUGAGCACAGCCUGAAUGGGGAGCGCUUUGCCAUGGAGAUGCACGUGGUCCACCAGAAACAGACCUCAAGGAGUAACAACUCGGACUCAGAUGAUACAGCGGUGCUGGCCUUCCUGGUGGAGGAGGGACCCACAGUGAAUGAGGGCUUCAAUCUCCUGGUGAAUAUUCUGUCUAAUGUUUCCACCCCUGGCACCAAUGCCACAGUGGAACUGAGCCUGUGGGACCUGCUCCCCGAGAAGGACGAGCUCGAGAUCUAUUUUCGCUACUAUGGCUCCCUCACCACGCCAAACUGCACGGAGAACGUGGUCUGGACUGUGUUCCAGAAGCCCAUCAGCCUCCACAAAGACCAGAUCCUGGCAUUCUCCACGAAUCUGUUCUAUGAUGAACUACGGCAAUACAACAUGACUGACAACGUCAGGCCCCUGCAGAAACUGGGGGACCGCGAGGUACGCACAUCUGGGGCGCCAGGACGGCUGCUGCCUUUGUCCCUGCCCACUCUGCUGGUCCCUACAUUCUCCUGCCUGAUGGUUGCUGGCCUCCUCUUCCAAUGACCGGCUUGCUAACACACGGCUGACCUCUGAUAUCAGAGGGUAUGGCCCUCUGUUCCAGAAGCUUCCUGCAUUGAACUU